UCUUCUCUUGCUUCUGACUGCGAGAACAGAAUAGAGUGCAAGAGAUAACGCGGCUGUCAGCCUGAGCGGCGAGUAUCACACAAGCUGCGGCUUCGGCGGCGGUCAACAUCUGGGCCUUGUCAUCUUCGCCCUACAUCAGGACAGCUGCCUGUCCGGACCCCGAUGCCCAUCCGCACCAGCGCUCGGUCUCCAAUUUGCAGCUUCGCGUGUGCUUCUGUGUGCGGUCCUUCUGCCGUGGCAUCUGCGGCGAUGCCCGUGGCCGCACAGGUUCCUCGCGUUGCGCGUCCGCCAGCUCUGCAUUCCCCGCUGCGUACGCGCAGGCUUAUAUGAGCAGACGACAGGCGGGCACGUACGUAUGUCUUCUGACGGUCUCAACGCAAUGGCGGAUAGUGCCACUGCACUCGUCGCCGCGCUCGCGCCUAUUCAAGAUGGCCUGCUCGCCGACGCUGGGUUAGCAUUGCUUGCCCAUCUGUGGUUCAAGAGAUACGAGCCGACAGACCUCGUUUCGCUUGGAAUACUGCUUGGUGUGCUGCCUGCAGUACCUGUGGCCUUGCUCCGCGUCCCCCUUGCCUCGACGCCACUCGCCAUCCUGGUCGGCUAUGCUUCUUUCUACGCUUUCCUCCUCUUCUCGAUCACCGCCUACCGCCUUUCGCCAUUCCAUCCGCUCUACAAGUAUCCGGGCCCGCUCCUCGGCAGGCUCACGAACUUCCGCGGGAUGUUCAUCGCAGCCGGAGGCAAGCAGCAUCUCUACUUCAAGGAGAUGCAUGCCAAGUAUGGCCCAAUCGUGCGCCUCGGCCCCAAUGUGUUGUCCAUAGUGGACACCGACUUGCUUCCCUCCAUACUCAAUAUGCCACGCGGCCCCAUGUGGGAUGGGCGCCGCAUCUCGGGCAAGCGGGGUCAGGGCACUGCCGGGAUCCAAAAGGGCAACCUCAUGGGCUCGCGCAACAUGCAGGUGCAUGGGGAGGCGCGCAAAGUCUGGAACCGCGCGUUCACCACCGCCUCCGUGAAGAAGUACGAGCCGAUUGUGAUUCGGCGGGUGUCCCAGUUGGUCGACGAGCUAAAGGGGCGCUGUGCCGCGAACCCUUCGAAGGCUGCGGAGGUGGACAUUGCGUACUGGAUAGACUGUUUCUCGUUCGACUUCAUGGGAGAUUUCGCUUUCGGUGGCCCUUUUGAUCUCCUUCGCGACGGUGACAAGAUCGGGGUACUGAAGAUGAUGGAAGACAGUCUCUUCGUUCCGAACUUGUCCGGGCAUGUGCCAUGGACCAUCGAGGCCGUCGUGCGGCUCCCGUUCCUCCCCAAGGGAGCAAAGGGUCUCGGCGAGUUCGCCUUCAAGCAGGUCCUCAGGAGGCUCAAGGAGGGUGCGGUGCACGAUGACCUGUUCUACCAUCUCAACGACGAGGCGAAGAUCGACAACGACCCGCCCCCGCUCCCAGUCUUGGUCUCCAACGCCGUCACGGCUAUCGUCGCAGGCUCGGACACCACGGCCGCCUCCCUGACGCACGCCCUGUAUCUGCUCAUGGGCCACCCGACGUGCUACAAGCGCUUACAAUCAGAGCUGGACGCUGCGUUCCCGCCUGGCGGGGAGAUGCCGACGGAUUCCGCGAAGCUCGCGCAGCUGGAAUACCUGAAUGCGGUGAUCAACGAGACGCUGCGCUUGUUUCCCGCGCUGAUGACCUCUCUACAACGAGGGCCCACUCCGGGCAGCGGGGGACAACUUCUCGGCGGAAAGAUGUUCGUCCCGGAGGGCACGGGAGUCUACAUCCCGCCGUACGUGUACAACCGCGACCCGCGCUUCUUCUCGCCGAAUCCGGAAGUGUUCUGGCCGGAGCGCUGGAUCCUGGCGAAGAGCGACCCGUCCAUCACGCUCAACCCGAGCGCGUUCCUCUCCUUCUCCGCGGGCCCCGCCAACUGCGUGGGCAAGCCGCUCGCGCUGAUAGAGAUGCGCAUGACGCUCGCGUCGCUCUUGCAGGCGUUCGAGGUGCGCUAUGCGGACGGGUAUGACAGCAGGAAGUGGGUGGACGGGCUGGGCGAUUUCCUGGUGACGACGCGGGGCGAGCUGCCGGUUGUUCUGAAGCUUCGCUAGGCGGGCUGCAGCUGACUCGGACUCUGGCCCCUCUUUGCUUCUUACAACCAUCUGCGGCAACUUUCCCACGGUCUAAGCCUCAUAGGGGG